AUGGUGCCAAGAGACGUGAUCAGUCGUCGUCGUCCCCCCCACACACACACUCUCUGGGGUCUCUCAUACAUCUCAGUACAGGGGGCUUCACUCUCAUCUUUAUUUACAGACCCCGGAGAUACUCAGAGAGAUGUCAGAGCUAAUGAGGAGGAAGAAGUAUGUUUGAAGAUUAAAGGGGAGGAAAGUGCUAUAGAGAUCAGCACAGAUGGACGUUAUAGAAGGUACAGCACAGAGAAGCAUCCCAUUAUCACUUCAGAUGGCCAGAGGAAAGAUAAUGACAUCACAUUAGAUUCACCCCAAGAAAACCCCAUCACCCCGAAUCUCUAUGUUGUACUUCACAAUUCAGAUCCGUCAUCUGAUCCCUCUACUCAUGGAAGGUUUUCCUCUAAUCAUUCAGCUCCCAUUGUCCAUCACACAGUUCGCGGUGGCAGGGAAACCUCUUCAUGUUCAGAGUGCGGGAAAAGCUUCCCAAGAAAAUCUGAUCUUGCCAAACACGAGAGAGUUCACACAGGGGAAAAACCUUAUUUGUGUUUAGAUUGCGGGAAAUGUUUUACCCAAAAGGGCAAUCUUGUUACGCAUCAAAGACUUCACACUGGCGAAAAGCCGUAUUCGUGUUCCGAAUGUGGGAAAUGUUUUGCUGAAAAAGGUCCACUGAUCCGACACCAAAAGUCGCACACCGGAGAGAAGCCAUAUUUGUGUUCUGAAUGCGGGAGAUGUUUUGCACUAAGGUCGACUCUUGUCAACCAUCAGAGGACCCACACGGGAGAGAAGCCUUUUUGCUGUUCCGACUGUGGACGGUGCUUCACUCAGAAAGUGGACUGCGUUAAACACGAGAGGACUCACAGAAAGGAGAAGCCAUAUAUAUGCUGCCAGUGUGGAAAAGGCUUUGUGACCAAGUCAUCUCUUAUUUACCAUCAGAUGACGCACACGGGUCAGAAGCCCUUUUCCUGCCCAGAGUGUGGAAAAUGCUUUGUCCUAAAAGCGGAACUUAAUAAACACGCCAGAGUUCAUACUGGGGAAAAAACAUAUUCUUGCAUCCAGUGUGGAAAAAGCUAUGCGGAUAAAGCCGGCCUUAACCGCCACAAAAUAUUUCACAUGGACCAGAAGCCUCAUUCCUGCUCAAAAUGCGGGAAGGGUUUUGCAACAAAAUCGGCUUUCGAUUACCACUGGACAACACACACGGGUGAGAAGCCAUAUUCGUGCCUUCAGUGCGGAAAAUGCUUUGCUCGGAGGGCCGACUUUAGUAAGCACGAACGCAGUCACAGAGCAGACCGUCCAUAUUCGUGUUCUGAGUGUGGAAAAGGCUUUCCCGAUAAAACCCGUUUGCACCGCCACAAAAUCAUUCAUAUGCGUGAAAAAGACUGUCUGUGUCUUCACUGCGGAGAAAGCUUCGUAAAUAAAGUUCAUUUAGACUGUCAUAAGAUGGUUCAAGUUGGAGAGAAGCCAUAUUCAUGUCCUCAGUGCGGGAAAGACUUUGCCUGUAAAGAUUUUCUUCUCCGACACAUACGAACCCACACAGGGGAGAAGCCAUAUGCUUGUUCUGUCUGCGGUAAAACCUUCAGCCAGAAAUCCAGUUUGACUAUUCACGAGAGAGCUCACACUGGAGAGAAGCCAUACUCGUGUUCUGUGUGCGGGAAACUUUUCGCCCAUAAAUCCAACCUGGCUACUCAUGAAAGGAGUCACACAGGAGAGAAGCCAUUUUCGUGUCCUCGGUGCGAGAAAAGCUUUGGGCGGAAAUCCAAUCUGGCUGAGCAUGAGAGGAUCCACACAGGGCUGAAUCCCUAUGAGUGUGGGGAGUGUUUUGGCAGGAAAUCUAAAGUUCUCAUCCACCAACAUUCUCACAUGGGAAAUUGUGCGGAUCUACCUAGUGACAUGUCUCUAAAUGCAGACUUUCAGAUCAAAGAGGAGUUUCUGGAGAUCCAAGAUGAAGAACACGUUGCACAAUGAUACUGCGCAGUUAUUGCUUGCUUUUUAACACACAGCGGUUGCUGUUGAGCAGUUUUUCUCAGAUGGGGAUGCCAGAAGGUUCUUGGUCAUCUCUCCAUCUUUGUUGAAGAUAUUUGGCCAGAUUCAGGUAGACGUGCCUAACGUUAGGCAGGCGUAGCGUAUCUCAUAUACGCUACGCCGCCGUAAGUUAG